UGUUUUUAAUGCAUGUGCUAAACUUGCUAAUGAUCGAGCAAUGAAAAUUGGAAAAAAACUUCUUGAUAAUAUGCCUAAUGAUUAUCGAAAUAAUAAUAUUCUAUUAAAUUCAGCAAUAGAUAUGUUAAUGAAAUUUGGUGAUGUUCAAAGUGCUGAACGCAUAUUUGAUUCAAUCAAGAAGAAAAAUAUUAUUAGUUAUGGUGCUCUAAUGAAUGGUUACAACAUCAAUAGUAAACCAUGGAAAUGCUUUAAAAUUUUGGAAGAAAUGAAACAACAAGGUGUUGUUCUGGAUGAGCACGCAUGUAAUAUACUUAUUGGUACAUGUUCAAAAAUUGGUAUGAUUCGAGAAUGUCAGUACAUUAUUGAUCAAAUUCCUUUGCAUAUUCAAAAUCUGAAACAAAUACAAACUUCAUUGAUUCAUAUGUGGAGUAAAUGUGGUUCUAUUGAAAAGGCACAAAAUAUAUUUAAAUCAGUUCACGAUCAGGAUAUAAUGAUAUACAAUGCAAUGAUUAGUGGAUUUGGACUUAAUGGAAUGGGUCUUGAAGCUAUUGAAUUAUAUAGAAAAAUGCCGAAUGAAUUGCAAAAUGAAAUUACACAUAUUUGUGUAUUAAAUGCAUGUUCUCAUUCAGGUCUUCUUGAUCAAGCUCGAAAUAUCUUCAAUGAAAUUCCUUUAAAAACAGAAAAAAUCGUAACUGCUAUGACUGAUUGUUUAAGUCGUUUGUUUUUAUUUGAUGAAGCAGAAAAAUUGAUAGAUGAAUAUGAAAAGACAAAUUCACCAAGUUUUAUCAUGUAUUCGUGUUUAUUAUCUGGUGUACGUAAUAAUCGGAAUAAAAAAUUAUCUGAGAAGAUCUAUAAUCGAAUGAAAUCUUUGUUUCCUGAUGAAAAAGAAGGUCUUACAUCAAGUGUAAUUCUUGUAUCGAACCUAUAUUCAUCUGUUGGUGAACAUCAACAAGCAAAAGAAUUUCGAUUAAGUCAAAUAAAAGAAUUAGGAAAGAAAGUCAAAGCAGGUUUAUCAUGGACUGAUGGAAGUGGUGAAAUUGUGGCAUUUUCGGCUAAUGAUAAUUCUCAUCCUCAAUUAGCCGAAAUUCAUGAUGAAGUUAAUCGAAUGACAUCUGAAGUGAUAAAACUUGGUUACAAGUGCGAUUCUUCCUGGGUUACUCGUGAACUACGGGAAGAAGAAACAAUUGAAUCAGCUUUAGGUGGUCAUAGUGAAAGAUUGGCUUUAGCCUUUAAUUUUAUUCAAAGACCUGUUCCAGAUUUUAUUCAAAUCACCAAAAAUCUUCGUAUUUGUGGUGAUUGUCAUGCAUAUACAAAACUGGUGGCUAAAGCUCGGCAACGUGACAUCAUCAUUAGGGAUGCUAAUCGCAUCCAUCAUUUUCAUAAAAAUGGACAAUGUUCUUGUCAAGAUCAUUUUUGA